AUGGAUGAAAUUAAACUAAGUGAUGAUGUAUUUGAACAAAUAAAAGACUUCAACUAUUGGAAUUUGACUAAAGAACAAGAAUCGUUAAUUGAUAAACUAAUAACAGACAAAGAAUUAAAAGGAUGUUAUGAAAAAUAUGGUUUAUGUAAAGAAUGUAAGCAGCUUAAUACUGAUCAUUUUUAUUGUUGGUCAUGUAAAUCACAAUAUUUUAAACAAAAUUUCAAAAAUUGGACAAGCGGAAAUCAUGACGUUGAUGAAUUUAUUCAAAAAGCACAAUUAAAAGCUAGGAUUGUGAAUAAAAUCAUAGAAUGGAUUGAAUAUGAUAAAUUUGAUGAUGUUGAAUAUUUAGCAAAAGGGGGAUUUGGAACUACUUUUAAAGCAGUUUGGAUAGAUGGUCCUAUUUGGGGUUGGGAUUAUUACAAUAAUCAAUGGAAAAGAGAUGAUGAAGCAGAAGUUGCUUUAAAGUGCUUACAUAAUUCACUAGAUAUUGCAGCAGAUUUUUUAAAAGAAGUUGAAUCAAAUAUUUUAGUAUAUGAUUCUGGUGUGACAGUUCGUUGUUUUGGUAUUACCAAAGAUCCAAAAACAAAUAAUUUUAUAAUGGUGAUGGAUUUAAAAAAAGGUGGUUUAAGACAAUAUUUAAAUUACAAUUUUAUUUCACUGAAUUGGAAGCAAAAGGUGGAGAAUUUAUGUAAUAUUACAUUUGGUCUUAGAGAUAUUCAUAAUAAAGGAUUUAUUCAUCAUGAUUUUCAUUGUGGAAAUAUAUUAAGUGAUUUUAAUGAUGUUUCUUUUGUUACUGAUUUGGGAUUAUGUCAACCGACAAAUAUCAAAUUCUCCCAAACUAGUAAUAAAAAAAUAUAUGGAGUACUACCUUAUGUAGCACCAGAAGUUUUAAGAGGAAAAGAAUAUACUCAAAAAAGCGAUAUUUAUGGAUUUGGAAUCAUUGCAUAUGAAAUUUGUACAGGUUUCCCUCCUUAUCAUGAUAUACCUCAUGAUGAAUUCUUAGCAAUGAAAAUUUGUAAAGGUUUGAGGCCAAAGUCUAAUUAUAAAACCCCUCAACUAAUUGUUAGCACAAUUAAUCAAUGUUGGGAUGCAGACCCUUUAAAACGACCUAAUGCAAAUGAAUUACAUAAUUUAAUUCAUGAUUUAUGGAUUGCUUUUAUUAAUGAUAAAAAUGUGGAUUCUAUAAUUCAUGAGGAAGCUAAAGAAGCAGAUGAAAUUAAUAAAAAGACAUUUUUUCCAGUUCAAUUACCAUUAUCAUCUACUAGUACACUCUCAUAUAUAACACAUCCUCAAGCAGUUUACACAAGUAGACUUUUAGAUUUUAAAAAUCUUCCAGAACCUAAAAAUGCAGACAAAAAUGAUGAUUUAGAAUAUUCAGAUUCUUUAAAAAUGGAUUUUGCUAAACUUGAUAUUAAUUCUAAAGAUGAAAGUAGUUAA